UAUCAUUUAAUUGUUUUCGUUGUACGUUCGCCCACAAUUGCUGUUGUUGAUUAUGUUUUGAAUAUUUGUUAUAAGCCUAUUUGUUGCAUUCCUAAUUGCCUACUAAUGUGCACCUAACCCAUAAGCUAAGAAAAGGUAUUUUAAAUAAGCAUUUGAUUGGAUUACUGAACCGGCAGCUUCAUUCCACUGCGUUGCCAAAGGUAAUUAAUUAACUGAAUUAUAUCAGGAAAUCCAUUUAGUGGAUUGAGCUUACAGAGCAGACACUCGAUAGUCGAUGGAUUGUGCUGGUAAUUCGGCCAUAAUUAAAUACCAUUUGAUUUGAACCAUCAUUUAUUUAGAAAAUCAAUUAAUUUAAUUGCCAAGCAAAUGAAACACCAAAUGCCAAGAGCCUUGGACCAAAUCCAAGUGACAUAUUUCGUAGAUGGCCAUUUGGCGGACCACAAAAUGCCUUCUGCCAGCUGAAGUAAUGUCCUUUGGCUGCGAUUUUGAUGGCUAAACUUUCCGUUUUUGGUUAAUAAACUCGUUUUCACUCCAUACUUUCGGGCGCCAUGGGGAAAUGUAGUUAAAAAGCUUUUAGAUCUGUAAAUAAGUCUAGGCAGAUUCCCGCCAGCUGGGCUUAUCUUAUGUGGUAGGUGGUCCAUCCACCCAGCUAGCUUCCAUUUUCACUCCCAAACGGAGAUGGGCUCUCGCAGAUUGUCCAUUUGUAUACCCAUAUAGCCAUGGUUGGCUCGGCAAAGCCGAAAGGUAGCUCACCUUUGCAGGUGCGUGUCAGUCGAGAUUCACCUGUCGCCCGAUUCGGUUGCGGAUGCAAAUUCUGUUGCAGCUGCUGCUCGCGAACCGCUUCGAAUUCAAUUAAUUAGAGCACAUUAGCGGAAAAUAGCGUGCAAAUAGCAUGGUGGUCACGGACUCCCCCUCCCCCCUCGCCGCGCACAAAUAUCUGCGUCGGAUUUCCAAGGACUUUUCCACCGUUCGGAGAUAUAGCAAUACACCGGCCGUCGUUUCGGUCCGGGCCUCCACAUCCGCCUUCAUUGCGGCCGAGUCGGCAGCCCAUUUGCCCACCUGUAGUGGCCCAUCGCCGACCCCCCGAACCCCAGCCUCCACGCCCCGGGGCAUUCGGCGUCGCCAGCGGAUGCGGAAACGCUCCUCGGUCUCCUCGACGCUGUCCAAGGUGCUGAUACUCAACGUACGCGACCUGCUAAAGACCCACGCCGGCGGGGAACCCCUCAAGGAGCACCAGCCGCGUAGUUGGAUCGAGACAAAUUUCCAGAAGCGCGAGUGCAUCAAAUUCAUACCAUGCCCAAAGGACGAUACAAAAUGCUGCUGUGGCCAGGCCCAGAUCACACAUCAGACUAUUCCGGGCAUCGAGAGUGGGUCGCCCGGAGACCCCUGGCUGCCCACGAAGCACACCCGCCCGCAGCCCACGGACGCCUACGGGACCAUCGAGUUCCAGGGCGGCGCCCAUCCCACAAAGGCCCAGUACGUUCGCCUGUCGUUCGACACGCGGCCCGAGCUGCUGGUGCAGCUAUUCACCAAGGAAUGGAAUCUGGAAUUGCCAAAACUUUUGAUCACCGUGCAGGGCGGCAAGGCCAACUUUGAUUUGCAGGCCAAGCUGAAAAAGGAGAUACGCAAAGGACUGCUGAAGGCGGCCAAGACCACGGGAGCCUGGAUAUUCACCGGCGGCACAAACACCGGCGUGACCAAGCAAGUGGGCGACGCCCUGCUCCUGGAGGGUCAGCAGCGGACAGGACGAGUGGUCAGCAUCGGCAUCGCCCCCUGGGGCAUCGUGGAGCGCAAUCACGAGCUGCUGGGCCACAACCGCGAGGUGCCCUGCCACAGCAUUAGUUCGCCCAGAUCCAAGUUGGCCGUGCUGAACAAUCGCCAUGCCUACUUUCUCCUGGUGGACAAUGGCACCCAGGCCAAGUACGGCGCCGAAUUGAUACUGAGGCGCAAGCUAGAGAAGUUCAUAUCCAACCUGAAGCUACACCCAUCAAAGAAUCACUGGCUAAAAACAAACGUCACACAUUCCAGUACGCCCGUCGUCUGCCUGGUGAUCGAGGGCGGCACCAACACGAUACGUGCGGUGCUCGAGUACGUGACGGAUUCGCCGCCGGUUCCGGUUGUCGUAUGUGACGGAUCCGGGCGUGCCGCCGACCUUCUGGCCUUCGUCCACAAAUAUGCCUCGGAUGGCGAGGAGCAGACGGUUCUCGAGUCCAUGCGAGACUAUCUCAUCGGGACCAUACAGAAGACCUUCGAAGUGGGCCUGGACCAAUCCGAGAAACUCUAUCAGGAGCUGCUGCAGUGCACAAGGAACAAGAAUCUGAUUACCGUCUUUCGCAUACAGGAAAAGCCCGAGGGCGAGGCGCAGGAGCUGGAUCAGACUAUCUUAACGGCCCUCUUCAAGUCGCAGCAUCUCAGUCCGCCGGAGCAAUUGAGUCUUGCCUUGACGUGGAAUCGGGUGGACAUAGCGCGCAGCGAGAUAUUCGUCUACGGGCAGGAAUGGCCCAAUGGCGCUUUGGACGAGGCCAUGAUGCAGGCCCUGGAGCACGAUAGAAUCGAUUUUGUCAAAUUGCUCUUGGAGAAUGGCGUUUCGAUGAAGAAGUUUCUAACAAUACCGCGCCUCGAGGAGCUCUACAAUACCAAACACGGGCCGGCCAACACGCUGGGAUACAUCCUGCGCGAUGUCCGACCGCACAUACCCAAGGGCUACAUUUACACGCUCCACGACAUCGGCCUGGUGAUCAAUAAACUAAUGGGCGGCGCAUAUCGAUCCUAUUACACGCGCCGCAAGUUCCGGCCCAUCUACGCCAAGGUUAUGAACAGCUAUGCAAACGCCUGCCGCAAGUCCUCCACCUACCAGUACCAGCGGUAUGCCGGGGCCAAUUCGCUGAGCCUGGUCACCGGCCUGCUGCCCUUCACCUCGGAAAUGGCCCUCUUCGAGUUCCCCUUCAACGAGCUGCUGAUUUGGGCCGUGCUGACCAAGCGGCAGCAGAUGGCGCUGCUGAUGUGGACCCACGGGGAGGAGGCGCUGGCCAAGUCACUCGUGUCCUGCAAACUGUACAAGGCCAUGGCCCACGAGGCGGCCGAGGACGACCUGGACACGGAAAUCUACGAGGAGCUGCGCUCCUACGCCAAAGAGUUCGAGAGCAAGGGCAACAAGUUGCUGGACUUUAGCUACCGACAGGAUGCGGAGAAGGCGCAAAGGCUGCUCACCUGUGAGCUGCACUCCUGGUCAAAUCAGAGUUGCCUUUCGCUGGCCGUGGCGGCCAACCAUCGUGCCCUGCUAGCCCAUCCCUGCAGCCAGGUGAUCCUGGCGGAUCUCUGGAUGGGGGGUCUGCGUACCCGCAAGAAUACCAACUUUAAGGUCAUCUUGGGCCUGGCGAUGCCCUUCUACAUCAGGCAGCUGGACUUCAAGUCCAAGGAGGAGCUGCAGCAGAUGCCGCAGACCGAGGAAGAGCAUCUAGAGAACCAGAAUCUGGACAAUGACGACUCGGAUCGUUCGCAGCCGGAUGCCGAGUGCAAGCUAAUACCAGUUGAAAACAGUUCGCCCUCCUUUAAGAGUGUCUCGAACUCAACAGAUGCUCUAUUGGCGGAUACUUACUCAGUGCGCGAUACAAAAGUACACGAAAAUGGCAAAGUUAAUCUCACUGCUGGAGCGGAGGAACCGCCCUCCAAAGUCUCGCUCACCGACUCGGAUCCCGCCCAGUUCAGGGAGUUCUUCAAUCUCUCCGAGUACAAUGAGGUGAAGCAGCACCAGCCGCUGCGCCUGAAGAAGAAGUUCUACGAGUUCUACACGGCGCCCAUAACCAAGUUCUGGGCCGAUUCGAUUGCCUACAUGUUCUUCCUCAUAAUGUUCUCCUUCACUGUGCUGGUGAAGAUGGAGCAGAUGCCGCGGUGGCAGGAAUGGUACUCAAUAGCAUAUAUCACAACGCUGGGCUUCGAAAAGAUACGCGAAAUAAUAUCCUCCGAGCCGGUGGCCAUUACGCAUAAAUUCUCGGUGUGGGCGUGGAAUAUGUGGAAUCCGUGCGACGGCGCCGCCAUAAUACUCUUCGUCAUCGGUCUGGCAUUUCGGUUCCGGGAGACCACCAUGGACAUUGGACGGGUCAUCUAUUGUGUGGACAGCAUCUACUGGUACCUGCGCAUCCUGAACAUCCUGGGCGUGAAUAAAUAUCUGGGUCCCCUGGUCACCAUGAUGGGUAAAAUGGUGAAGAACAUGAUUUACUUCGUGGUCCUGCUGGCCGUCGUCCUGAUGAGUUUCGGCGUUAGCAGACAGGCGAUUCUGUACCCCAACAAGCAGCCCACCUGGAGUCUUAUCAAGGAGGUUAUUGCCGGCUCGAUAACGGCCCCCGGAUUUCUAGGUGCCCUGGGGCAUAAUACCCGUUCCAGCUAUCAUCGUGGCUAUCAUACGAUGGGUGCACCACCUGUGACCACCGCUGCAGCCAGCACCACCACCGCCAGCAGCACCACCACCACCGGUUCCAGCUCCACAGUUCCGGCGGCCACGUCUACAGCGCCACCCAUCCAGAAUGAGCAUUCGAAUUUGACGAGCGGCAACUUGACAAAUGUCACCUUCCAGCCCUACUUCAUGCUGUACGGCGAGGUGUUCGCCGGUGAUAUCGACCCUCCCUGCGGCGAGGAUCCCAGCCAGCCGGGCUGCGUCACCGGGCACUGGGUAACGCCGAUUACGAUGUCCAUGUAUCUCUUGAUUGCCAAUAUUCUGCUGAUAAAUCUGCUCAUCGCCGUGUUCAACAACAUCUUCAACGAGGUCAACUCGGUUUCGCAUCAGGUUUGGAUGUUCCAGCGGUUCACCGUGGUGAUGGAGUACCAGCAGAAGCCCGUCCUGCCGCCGCCCUUCAUCGCGCUGUGCCACUUCUACUCGCUGCUCAAGUACUGUGUGCGAAAGGCGAAAGGAUUGGAGGUGCAGCGGGACAACGGUCUCAAGCUGUUCCUGGAGAAGGACGACCUGGAGCGGCUGUACGACUUCGAGGAGGAGUGCGUCGAGGGCUUCUUCCACGAACAGGAAAUCAUCCUCAAUCAGUCGACUGACGAGCGGGUGAAGAACACCACGGAGCGAGUGGAGACCAUGUCUCAGAAAAUCGAGGACAUCAAUCAGAAGGAAAACAUACAGACGGCCACCGUUCAGAACAUCGAGUUCCGGCUGCGAAAGAUGGAGGAGUCCUCGGAGCAGAUACUCUCCCACUUGGCCGUCAUACAUCGCUUCAUGUCGACCCACAUCGCAGGCACGGAUGAUUUGCGCGGCUCGACGAUAAACAUUCCGGGGGAGAUGCAGCGCGUGCGCACCAUCUCCAUUUCGGACACGGAGGCCGGCGGCGGAUCAGGCGGAAAUGGUGGUGGUGGCGGAGGCGGAGGCGGCGGAGGUGCCAUCUUACCACUUGGCCUGGGCGCCGGACUGAAUUUAAAUUCGCUGCAGGUGACCACCCGGCGCCGCUUCAAUCGAUCGCUGACCGAAGUCCGGCCGGACGCGUACAUCUUCGACGAGGGCACGCACUUCGAGGUGGUGCCGCUGCCGGAGGAACCGGACGAGGUGGUCAAGUCCCGGGAGGCCCUCAACGAGCAGGUGGUUCGCAAGGCGUCCAUGCAAUCGGAGGCGGACUCGGACAUCUACCUCCCCCUCUCGCAGCGACCCUCCACCUGUGAGACGGUGAAACGGACCCCGUAUGUGACCGUGCGUCAGGACACGGGUGCCAGCACGGAGAGCAAGGAUACCCUCACGCCGAUGGGCAACAACGAUGACGACCAGACCCUCGUGGGAGGCGACAACUCCGACGAUGCGGCGCCAGACAUCAGCUUUGAGGCUGCCAGGCAUCGGGCACUUCGUCAGCGCACGGUUUCCCUGUGCCGCCGCAACUCGGAGACCUACUCUUUGACCGGGGCGGACAUAAACAGGUCGCACAUCAGCCUCAACCAGUUGGCCUCCUUGUCCCGCCGACAGAUGAGUCUCACGCAAUCGGAGCCGGACAGCGACAAGGAUGCACCCGCCGCCCAGGGAUCCGCACAUCCUGGUAAAUCAGUAUUGCAUGCGAAACCCUCCAGAAAUAUCUUGCUGAAACUGCACAGCGAGUAUACCUCGAUCACGGACGAGCUGGAGAGCGUCUGCCACAUGAUAGCAUCGCCCACGGUGUCCCUGCCGAGCAACAAAGCUUCACUGGACCGCCCCAAAACGGAAAUGUCACGGGCUGAGGCUGCGGCUUUGCUGGAGAAGAAGCAUCUGAAGGAGUGCGAGGAGAACGACUACAAGAUACUGGAGGGACUGAUUGAGUCGCGCGGCUCCAUCGAUGCCAGCGCCCAGGGAUUUGAGAUCGGCGUAUCCAUAGACUACAGCCAUCGCUAUCCGCUGCGUCGCGAGACCGCCGUGGAGCUGUCACCUUCGAAGCCCUCGGUCGAUGGCGACCUCAUGGGCGGUGGCGGAGGUGGCGGCGCCGGCGGUGGCGACAGUAGCGACACCAGUGGGGCUGGUAGCUGCGGUGCCAUGGUCGUCGUCUCGAGCGGCUUUCAGCUGAAGAACGAGCGUCCCUGGCAGCGCAACUCCUCGAUGGAGCAGCAGGCGUAUCCCUCGCCGCUGGUGCCCACCCGGGCCACGAGUGACUUCCUCAAUGCCCCGUACGACGGAAGCGGGCGGCUGUUCAAGAAGUCCAGCGAGAGCCUGCAGAAGAACUCCAGCACGGAGACGGACUACUCGGCCCACCCGUACCGCUUCAUCAAGCAGAGUUCCAAUGAGACGAACACCUCGCUGACGGGCUCCUACAACGUGGACACUCCCUCGCUGACGGCGGAGCCCUCGCUGGACGCCGGCGACUCGCACUCGGCGACGGGGAUUAGCAUCAGCGUUGGCGCUGUGGGCGGCGCUGCCACGGCGCGUUACCAGCCCAUCCGUACCGCCUCGGUGGGAGCGGCCGAUGGCCGGCGUUUGCGGGAGGAGAGCUCCAGUUCGCUGGACCUCAGCGCCUCGGGGCCAGUGACGAUGCAGGCAGCGCCGGCACCGCCAGCGCGUCCGAUGCAGCUGAAGAAACAGUUUAGCGUGGACCAGGGCAAGCCGUCUCAGCCGGCCGAGGCAGUGCCUCAGACACCGGAAGCCGCUGGCCAGGCUGGUCAGGCUGGUCAGGCCAAACUGAUUUCCACACUUAAGCCGCAGCCCUUUGCGAGCAAGCUGGGCAUGAACGUGCUGAAGGAGAGCAGCUCCAGCACGGAGGAGUCCGGCGGGUCGUCCGCCAAGAGCAGCAACCCGGCGUUAUCCAUACCACAGAUCAGCACCCACCUGGUGCAGGACGAGAUCGCAAAGCUGUCGUCGAACAUCAAGAGCAGCACCGAAUCGGAAAAGGACCCGCCGUUCAACGAGACAAUGUGUUAGCAAAGUAGUAGGAUGAGGCCCAUUGAUCAUGGGUGCCACACACUCGUCUCACUGUGCUCAAUGGGAGAACUAGUCAUAGGAGUUGGGUGAUAAAAAUGUUAAUGAACUAGCGUUGGGAUCUGGGAAAACAGAUAUCAGAGAUUAUGCAUAUUUAGUCGAGGGGGUCGCAAGUUACAUACGUGUUAAUGAUUUUGACAAUACAUAGUUCACAAAUUCUCUGUAUUUUUAUACAAGUAUUAAUCUAGAAAGCGCCAUUGUUGUUGUUGUACACUUUAAAGGCAGGAGCAUAGAAAUAUAAUAUCUGUUUUUGUUUGUUGCCAAUAGGAACCACCAAAGAAAUGCAUAUUGAAUCGCCUGAGUUAAGCGAAGCACAUACUCACAUAUUUGGUACUUUUACAAUAUCCUAGGUGUAGUCAGUCGUACAUAUUACCAACAUAUCUGAAAGCAACCACUCUACUUUAUCCAAGCCGGUCAUGAGCACUUACCUCAACUCAAUUAGAAACUUAUCGCAGCCUAACGUACUUAUACCUGUAACCCCGAGCCCCAUAUUGUAGACUACAAGGUUCACUGCAAUAUCAGCUCUUCUGUAAUGUGUGUUUGGCAUAUGUGUAUAACGUCUCCUUAGAUAGUCCAUUUUACUUGCUUAUAUGGGAGAAAUUCGUGUUUUCUAUGUGCGACUGCCUUUUUCGGCGGCACUAGAUAUUAUUGUACAUAAAUAGAGUAUAGUAAAUGUUAUAGGUUUAUGAAAAGAUCGCUAAAAUGGUUCAUGUUUGGCCAGUGUGUGCUAAUAAUUUAGAUUAGUUUUUAAAUAUUUCAAUGAUUAAGAAUAACAAUGCAUUUUAAUAAAAUAUUUAUGAUUGUACUUAUUUAUUUUAAGAAUUGUAUGUUAUUUUUAUUAAAAUAAAUUAUUAACACUUUAA